AUGUAUCAGGUCAAAUCAACGGAUACAUUGGCAGGCAUUGCACUUCAGUUCUCAAUGCAAAGACAUCUAUUGAAACAAUACAACAGGUUGUCAUCAGACAAGUUGAUACCUGGUACAAUACUAUGGGUCAAAAAGAGGAAGAGGUUAUCCUUAUCACAGAGUCUUGAUUCACCUGAUGGGAUCACACAAUCAACUCCUACAACACCAUCAAUAAGUAUCACACCAGUGAUGCUUGCCCAACCUACCAUUGCCUCAACUACAUCAAAGUGUGAGAGGAGUCCACCAUCUUUGGAUAAACGAUCAUGGAACCAUGCAUCAAGGUUCCAACAAAUACCAAAGGACCAGGUUCUUCGCGAGGAGUUGAUGUGCUUCACAAAGAACAAGAGGGUCCAGGGACAGUUGACAUUGACGCCAUACCAGUUGAUAUUCCAAUCACAUGAGAGAUUGCCUACAAUUCAGAUAUACACAGACUAUGGUGAUAUCAUAUCAUGCAAGUUGUUUUCGAGUAGGUGGCAGUGGCUGGAACAUUUGUCCAAGGACUGGCAGAGGGAGAAGCAGGCGAUCCACAAGAAGAUGAAGAACUCUGUUGUCGAUGAGGAACAUGAACGAUUCAUUCAAUCGGAGAUUGCAAGAUUGAAUGAGAUUGAGGAUGCCAAGGCAAAAAUGACUGUCAAUGCCACCGAGGUGAAGCAGGUCGAGACAUUCCCUUGUAUAUAUGUGUUGGUCUACCAGGACAAACAUAUACAGACACUAUUCUUUAGAGGUGUGGAUGGGAGCAGAGUAGACGACUGCUUCCACUUCUUGAAGAACCUUACAAGUGAGUGUAAGAAUGCCUCUCCCUACAAGACAUCUCCUAAUCUUCAGCCAGUGCUAGUAACUCCAAACACUCUGAUGCUAUCCUCAUCUUCUUCUUCGUCAUCCACUUCUGCAGAAGUUGACAAGAUGUUGCUGCUCUCGCCUCUGGACAUGGACCCACAGGACAGCUACUCUCCCAAACUCAUCGCAAAUGGAAAUGGUAUUGUCGAGGACAUAUUACUCACUUCUGAGUUGUUUAAGAAGCUGCGACACUUCCUCCCAGCGACUAGACAGCGAGCGGACAUCAAACUUGAGUACAACUCAAUCAAUGAUGGUGUAUCUUUUGGAACAUUCUAUCGAUUGAUGGAGCAUGUCGAGCAGUGUCUGUUGUUGGUCAAGGAUGACGGUGGACAUGUGUUUGGUGUAUACUGCUCGGAUACUAUCAGACCAAGAUCAUCAUAUUAUGGCGGUGGCGAAACGUUCAUGUUUACACUGCUGCCUGAACUACAAGUGUUCAAAUGGACCAAGGAGAAUGAUAUGUUCCUCCAGACCAGCCACGAAUAUCUGGCUGUUGGAGGCGGGUCGAUGUUUGGACUUUGGAUGGAUGCCGACUUUGAUCAUGGAUUUAGUGGAACCUGUGAGACAUUCAACAACACUACCCUAUCACAUCGUAAUGACUUUGUGCCAUUAGUUGUUGAGUGUUGGUCUGUCAACUAA